AUGGACAGUGAUCUGGAUGAUUUCUACAGUCAGGACAAUGAAGAACUGAUGGCCAUGCUCAUGUCUGGGAAGGGGGACGAGGUGGACAUACUCGGGAAUGGCAGCUUGGUCAAGACUGUCAUCUCACCCGCGCCAGCCUUCAGCAGACGUCCUCAGCUUGGAGAUGAGGUCACCGUGCACUUCAUCGGGUCCUUGGAGGAUGGCACAGUUUUCGACGACACACGCUCCCGGCACGAGCCGUACACGUUCCGAGUCGGAUUGGGAUUCGUCAUCGGUGGUUGGGACAAAGGCAUCCCGACCAUGAUGAAGGGCGAGAGGUCGCUCUUUGUCAUGGACCCGUCGGUGGCUUAUGGAAAGCAGGGUGCCGGAUGGAAGAUACCCCCAGAUGCCACAGUGCGAUUUGACAUCGAGCUAUUGGGUUGGGAAGAGAUCGAUGACAUGGGCCCCGACGAUGUCGAGCCUGAGUGGGAGGCUCCGCUGGUCGGGCGAGACGACGUGGGGGAGGGUGGCAAGGAUCCAGAUGGGAAGUACACAUGGGAAAGAAAUGGACUGGAGGUCCUGGUCAAAGCGCAGAUCCCGGACGAUACCGUGCCCAGAGAUAUUCAAGCAGAAUUCUUUCCCACCAGGGUUUUUGUGUCUGUGAAAGGGCAGGUGGUUCUGAGCGGAACACCUGGCCUCGACCUGGAUUGGGAGGAGUGCUACUGGGACAUGAGCAGGGAAGAAGAGAUCCAAGACGACCCACAAGCCAGACUUUGGCUGAUGAUCCAUCUCCACAAGAAGGAUGCAGAGAAGGUGCGGUGGCCAGACUUCCUCCUCAAAAGCCCGGAAUCUGGCUAA